UAGGUUUGUAACCCAAGGAUCAAUGCGAAGCUGUCUUUUUCUAGCAGCCAAUAGUUGCAGCUCAGUGCUCUCUUCUCAGAUGAAUCUAACGAACCGUAAAUUUCCGGUUAAACCAAAGUUUAACGGAUUGAACCAAAUGACUCAAUAGUAAGAGACCGGUUUAACGUCAGGUUCCUCUUUUCGUCGGUCGGUCAGAGACUCAGGAGGCAAUGAGUCAGCUUAAGGUUAAGAAGAUGGGCCUUACUUAAAGCCCUUUAUGCAUGAUUAAGGUUGUCAGAUGAUUCUUCUUACUAUUUCUGAAUUUUCAUGCACAGAAGAAGCGGCCAAAGGUGAGAUAGAACAGAGAGUUUGUUGCUGUUGUGUCACCUUCCCCUUCUAUUUCUCUCCUCUUGACCAAGUAACUUCCUCUCUCUCUCUAGCUUACCGUUAUUACCGGUUCUCACACUCUGCAUGCUUCUGACUAAUCACUUUAACUUGUUUUUAUUUUCUGUUUGUAAGGAAACAUAACAACCUUUGCACAACUUUUUAUUUGUUAAAUCGCAUAAAUUAUGGGCAAUAACCACCUGAUUAACAAUUCUUAUUCCCUCUUCUCUUUCUCUCUUCUUGGUUUGUGAAAAGAAAUGAUGUUUGAAAAUUAAAAUAUUCUGUUUGGAAGGAAGAAACAUAUCACAUAUGAUGUUCUGUCCACUACAUUAUUGUUGAUCAUCAGAAGUAAACUAACUAUUAACAAGAUGAGGAGUGUAGUGCUUGUUUCUUUAGCCGCUGCUAUAGGCAAUAUGUUGCAGGGUUGGGACAAUGCCACCAUUGCAGGAGCUGUUAUUUACAUAAAGAAAGAAUUUCAUUUAGAGAAAGAACCAAAGAUUGAAGGACUAAUCGUCGCCAUGUCUCUCAUUGGAGCCACUAUGAUCACAACUUUCUCCGGUCCCGUCUCCGACAAAGUAGGAAGGCGUUCGAUGCUAAUACUCUCCUCUCUUCUCUAUUUCCUAAGUAGCAUCGUCAUGUUUUGGUCUCCCAAUGUCUACGUUCUCCUUUUCGCAAGGCUGCUCGAUGGGUUUGGUAUCGGUCUAGCUGUCACUCUCGUUCCCAUUUACAUCUCCGAGACCGCACCUUCUGAGAUCAGAGGUUUGCUCAACACUUUCCCACAGUUCUGUGGCUCUGGUGGGAUGUUUCUUUCGUAUUGUCUUGUCUUUGGAAUGUCUCUUCAAAAAUCUCCUAGCUGGAGGCUGAUGCUUGGAGUUCUGUCGAUUCCCUCGGUUCUUUACUUUUUACUUGCGGCCUUCUUCUUGCCUGAAUCUCCGAGGUGGCUUGCAAGUAAAGGACGUAUGGAAGAAGCUAGACAAGUCUUGCAGAGACUCCGUGGCAGAGAAGAUGUUUCAGGCGAGCUUGCUCUGCUUGUGGAAGGUCUUGGAGUGGGAAAAGACACGUCUAUAGAGGAGUACGUGAUUGGACCAGACAACGAGGUAAGCGAGGGGGGACAUGAACUACCCAGGAAAGACCAGAUAAAACUAUACGGUCCAGAGGAUGGACAGUCAUGGAUGGCUAAGCCAGUGAAAGGACCGAGUUCUCUAGCAUUAGCGUCACGGCAAGGAAGCAUGAUAACUCGUGCCGGAUCCCUCAUAGACCCAGUGGUCACUCUCUUUGGCAGCAUUCACGAGAAGCUUCCUUCAGAGAACAUGAACUCAUCAUCAUCACGCAGCAUGAUCUUCCCUAACAUGGGAAGUAUACUGGGACUAAUGGGAAGGCAGGAGUCUCAAUGGGAUCCAGAGAGGAACAAUGAUGACAGCUCUGAACAUGAUGAAAGCUUGAACAGUCCUCUGCUCUCUCCGCAGACCACUGAGUCUGGUUCAGUUGGGACCAUGCAGGGCAGACAGAGCAGCUUGUUUAUGGCAAACGUUGGUGAGACGGCGACUGCUACAAGCAUAGGUGGUGGGUGGCAACUGGCGUGGAAGUAUAAUGAUAAGGUUGGUGCAGAUGGUCAGAGAGUCAACGGAGGGUUACAGAGAAUGUAUAUUCACGAGGAGAGUUCCAACAACAAAGCCAAUAACACUGGCUUUUCGCGACGUGGAUCGCUUCUCUCCUUUCACACAGAAGCUGGUGUUUCUGAUCAGGGGCAUGGAUACAUUCAAGCUGCUGCACUUGUGAGCCAAGCUUCUAUGAUUCCUGGAAUCAAAGGAGAGACUGCAAUGCUGCCAAAGGAGAUUAAGGCUGGUCCUGGCUGGAGGGAGCUGAAGGAACCAGGUGUGAAGAGAGCUUUGAUGGUUGGAGUGGGACUUCAGAUACUGCAACAGGUAAUGAUUUUUUAUUUAUUUAUUUUUCUCAUAACAAGUAAAGGAGAGGAAGCAUGUUUGCAGUUUGCAGGAAUAAAUGGAGUGAUGUAUUACACACCUCAAAUACUGAAAGAAACAGGUGUUUCAAGUCUUUUGUCAAACCUUGGGAUAGGUGCAGAGUCUGCAUCGCUCCUCAUAAGCUGCUUAACUACACUCUUCAUGCUUCCUUGCAUUCUUGUUUCCAUGAGGUUAAUGGAUGUAUCUGGAAGAAGGUCUCUGAUGCUUUCCACAAUCCCCAUUCUAAUACUCUCGCUGCUAACGCUGGUGAUAGGAAGCUUGGUGAAGCUUGGAGGCACAGCAAACGCACUGAUCUCAACCGCUAGCGUUAUGGUGUACCUAAGCUGUUUCGUGAUGGGUUUUGGAGCCAUUCCAAACAUUCUUUGUUCAGAGAUUUUCCCUACCUCUGUGCGUGGCCUCUGCAUCACAAUCUGUGCCCUCACUUUCUGGAUCUGUGACAUCAUUGUCACUUACACUCUUCCAGUCAUGCUCAAAUCUCUAGGCCUUGCCGGAGUCUUUGGAAUUUACGCAUUUGUUUGUGCUGUAGCUUGGGUUUUCGUGUACCUCAAGGUACCUGAGACAAAGGGAAUGCCUCUUGAAGUUAUCUCUGAGUUCUUCUCUGUUGGUGCAAAACAACAAGACGCUGCUAGCUUCGUUUCUGUCUGA